GGCUCCGGCUCCGGCUCCGGCUCCGGCUCCGGCUCCCGCGGCGGCGGGCGCGGCGGUCAGGACCAUGGGUUUAGGGUUCGUGGACUGCCACUGCCAUCUCUCGGACCCAGACUUUGACAGCGAUCUGGAUGAUGUGUUGGAAAAAGCCAAGAAAGCUAACAUUAUGGCCCUUGUGGCAGUUGCUGAACAUUCAGGAGAAUUUGAAAAGAUUAUGCAACUUUCAGAAAGGUAUACUGGCUUUAUCCUGCCAUGUUUGGGUAUUCACCCAGUUCAAGGACUUUCACCAGAAAACCAAAGAAGUGUGACAUUAAAGGACUUGGAUGUGGCCUUGCCUAUUAUCGAGAAAUAUAAGGAUCGGUUGUUGGCGAUUGGAGAGGUGGGACUGGACUUCUCCCCCAGAUUUGCAGGGACGGAUGAACAGAAGGAAGAGCAAAGACAAGUCCUGAUCAGACAGGUCCAGUUAGCCAAAAGACUAAAUUUGCCUUUAAAUGUCCAUUCACGCUCGGCUGGAAGACCUACUAUCAGCCUCUUACAUGAGCAAGGUGCUGACAACGUCCUGCUGCAUGCCUUUGACGGCCGGCCAGCCGUGGCCAUGGAGGGAGUGAGCGCUGGCUACUUCUUCUCGAUCCCACCUUCCAUCAUAAGAAGUGGGCAGCAGAAACUUGUGAAGCAAUUGCCUUUAACUUCUAUCUGCUUAGAAACAGAUUCACCAGCACUAGGACCAGAAAAGCAGACACGGAAUGAGCCUUGCAACCUUUGCAUCUCCGCGCAGUAUGUUGCCCAGGUGAAAGGGAUCCCGGUGGCCGAGGUCAUGGAUGUGACCACUCAGAACGCCCUGAGACUGUUUCCCAGGCUGCAGACCCUGCUGCACAGGUAGCUUCAGGUCACCUGCAGGGGGCAGCACUUGGGAAAACAAAUGUUUACAGCUGAACCUAAAACUCCUUUUUAUGGGGAAAGUGAUGAUAGCUUAAGUGCUGAAUCCAUGGGCUCUGCUUCUAACCUUGGGCUGCUUUCAGGUUACUGGUGGAAAAGCACCGCUUGCUGCUUCCAGCCCUAGUGAACCAAUACCCCUGUCUCCAGGCAGGAGGCCCCAGGGGUGACACGCACACCCCUGGUUCCCAGUACAACAUGGGCACAGUGAGAAGGGAGCAGGCCAGAGUCCUGCCCUUCACCACUUGUUUGACUUCACAGGACUCUCCAGUGAGGGAGGGGUAGCCUCUCCUACUAUUGGAAUGUUCUGUUGUAAGCUUGAACUUAAGUACUUUGUAUUAUUUUUCUUUAAAAGUACCUAAGACUUUCAUGGGCUGGAGAGAUGGCUUAGCAGUUAAGCGCUUUCCUGUGAAGCCUAAGGACCCUGGUUCGAAGCUUGAUACCCCAGG